UUUUAUUAUACUGACGAGGCUUUUUAUCUGUAUGAAUUGUUUUAAAUUUUGGUUUCAUUGAAAAGAACAAUUUAAUGUUAACAUAAUAUUACUUUGUUUAUAUUCAAAGGAGUUUUACUAAAUUAUGAAUUGUUUUACAUCUUCGAGGAUAUAUGAAAUGGGAACAGUACUGAUUAUCUGGCUCACAUUUAUAACAUACUUUUUCUAUAAAAGAUCACUCACGUAUUUGAAAACAAAAACAGGAAGAACUCACAGUGUUUGCACAAUGAUUGCAUUCACAAAUUUUGUCAUCAUGAGAGUAAUACUACAUUUGGAAUAUGAACAAAUGCAAAAGAAAAAAAAUUCUACUGCCUUAAUUCUCAUUACUAUUUUUACCAUUUUGAGUUGGUUAAUGUCCCCAGGAAUGUUCGGAAACAAAUUAUUUAUAAACUUAUAUAGCACAUUUAGAAUGUUGCAUCCCUUUCUGCCACCGCCAUGCCAUCCAGACUGAGGAAGACCCGGAAACUCCGGGGCCACGUGAGCUACAGCCACGGCCGCAUCGGUAAGCACUGCAAGCACCCAGGCGGGAGCGGGAACUCUGGAGGCAGGCACCACCACAGGGUCAACUUUGACACAUAUCACCCAGGUUACUUUGGGAAAGUUGGUAUGCGGCAUUACCACUUGAAGAGGAACCAGAGCGAAUGCCCAACAGUCAACCUGGAUAAACUGUGGAUGUUGGUCAGCGAGCAGACGCGGGUCAAUGCAGCAAAAAACAAGACUGGAGCUGCUCCCAUCACUGAUGUUGUUCGAUCAGGCUACUACAAAGUUUUGGGCAAGGGAAAGCUCCCUAAACAACCUGUCAUCGUGAAGGCCAAAUUCUUCAGCAGAAGAGCUGAAGAGAAGAUUAAGGGUGUUGGAGGUGCCUGUGUUCUGGUGGCUUAAAAGCCACACGGGAGGUUAAUUAAAUGCUAACAUUUAAAAAAAAAAAA